AUGGUGAGCAUAAUCCGCGAUCAGACGCCGGGGUGCUACGUAAACGCCGUCUCGGAAUUGUUCACCGCGAAAAUACAACUGGGCGAAUUCUUCAAACGAUGCCUGGCGCAUUUCGGGCCGGUAGAGCAACGAGUUCAUCAUUUGCCUGAUGACAACUUGGCGAGCGACUUUGUGCGCCCGCUUAUGUGGAAUGGGAAGCGAUUUGGUCACAUGGCCAGUGCAAUUAAAAUCUGCGAAACGGAUCCUAUAAUUGCUUCUUUUCCUGGUGAGAAACUGGAGCCUUUCUUCUCGGCUUGUGCAUCCGGACAAGCGGAUAUGGCUUUACUCCGAUCAGGCAGCUCUACCGUGAGUGAAGCCGAUGCCGACCGCCUCUUGGCUCUGCCUCUAUUCCGCCAAGCCAUGUUCUUCACGGCGUUGAACACCGGUAAUCCUGCUCUAGCUAUAAAGAUCGCGGAUGAAAAGCCCUUGGAAUCUCCUCCGCCGCCCGAUAAAUGGCUUUUGGGAGGACACGUCAAGUUGUUUCAUUACCCAGACGAGGAGCAAGAAAAGAUGCCACUCCGUGUUUGGGCUGCAGCUCUCCGGAACAAAUGGACCCCGGUAGAUAAAAUGUUGCUAUUCCUUGCUGCACGUGGGGAGAGCUCGGAAGAAAGCAUCGAUCUGUUAGACAGUAUUGUCAAAGUAGAUCCGAAUUUCCUCGUCUCCGAAGAUUGGUUCAAAAAGACCUCUCUUGAAUUUGCCAUCCAAUCUGGUACUCCGCAGGUACUCCAGCAUCUAUGGAAGUUGUACAAGGUGCCAGAAGCAGAGAGACUUAAACACGAUCUGUUGAUUGUGAACGCGGAAGGCAACAACACUGGGGGACUGGCGAUGCUGGGGUGGCUCCUGGAUCAGGGACUAGACGUGAAUUACAGAAGAGUCACGGAAUCGGACGAGGAGGUACCUUAUUCAGGAGAUCCACGAGAGACUGCUGAACGAUGGUAUGCGCACAACCAGAGGCCUCUUUCCCAACGAAAGACUGCGCUUCAUGCAGCUACCGCUAUGAAGAACGCCGAGGCCGUGAGGUAUCUCUUGUCAAGGGGAGCCAACGUGGAUGCCCAAGAUGGUCUGGGGCAGACGGCUAGGUUUAUCGCUGAGCGAGAUGGCCAUGCGGAAGUAGUCAAAGUUAUUGAUGAGUUUGUCAAGGGGACGCGCCUAUGA